AUGGUUGUAACUUUCAGGUCAAGUUUUGAAGGUUUCUUUGCAUCCAAGGGAGCAGCAUAUGCACUGCCUGAUGGCGACUUUGCUCGGCGAGCCACUAAACAUGGAGGUAUGUGAAUAUGUUCUAGUGAUUAUUCUUGCUUCUGAUCACUAUUUCGAAAAAAAUUGAAGUUGUUUCCAUCUUCAUUGUAUAGGUCGAUGGUAUUGCAUGUAACUUGUUCUGCCAUAAAUCUAUUUCAGGAGAGAUGCAAUUGCAUUUGCAGGCCAUGGUCAACUUGUUACGGGAUGAAGAUGUGCUUAGACUUGUAAGAAUCUUGUUUUUGUCCUUGUACAAUGUACCUAAAUAAAGUUAUGUCAUAUUUACCAAUUAUUGUAAAAUAUCUACAUGUAAAACCUGCAUCGCAGCUUGUAUGUUACUGGAAUGUUAGAAUUCUAGUCCCGAGUUUCAGCUUUUUCCCUUAAAGUCAUUGCUUUCUGUUGAGGUCUUGCAAAUUCGCUGUGGUUUGGGUAUUUUAAUUUUUCUCCCCUUGUCUCUAAACUUCCAGGCUUGCUUGGGCCACAACCUUUGACAUACUCUGAUUCAGUCCUUAGUGUAACUCUGCACUGGUACACAAAAAUUUGAUAUGAAUUACCGGUGUACAUGUAUGCAGCCUCUGUGUCUGAACUUAAUACUGUGUAGCAGUUCCUUCGCAGAUGUCAUAAACACCGUUUUAUAUCCUAUGCUAUAGAUAUAUACAAUUUGCUUGAAAAAACAGACUGGUCAAUCUCUUAGAAGAUUAGGUUCCUACCUACUCAUCCUUUGUAUAAUUUUUGCCCAGAGUUAAAGAUUCUUCAAAACAUCUGAGAACUCAAACAAGCCUACUACCCUGUGUUAAUAUGGAACAUUUUAAAGCUAGUUUUAUUAAUAGACUAUUUUAUAUAUAUUUUUACUUUUUAACUAAUAAUAUUAAACGUGUAAAUAUAGGUAUGUAUGUAUACUUGCAUAUUCAAUAAAGACUUAAGACUGUACAUGUACGGUGUAUACCAGACAAGAUAAAUGGCUUGUCUUACUUAAGCCAAUACAUUGCUCAUGGGCGUCAGGGGAAUUGAAGAUCAAAAAUGCUUUAUAACCAACACAUUCUAGUUAUGAAUUUGUAUAUCCAUAUGCACUUUAUUAGACUUUCUAAAAGUCUUUUAUUUUGUCCUGGUUGGUUAUGCCAUUUUAAAGGACUUUUCUUACCUGUUUGAUGCGAAAUUCACCGGUCGAAAAUUCCGCUGGUGAUGUCAUUAAAAUUGACCAGUAGGAGAGUGAGUGAUACAAUGCACUUGAUGCCACUCGAGACACAGCAUACAUGUAUGUCAAUCAUUUUUCCCCAUGGAUGAUUCAAAUCCAGGUGAAACAAUUCGACCUCGUGACUUUGUCACUGGCUCGGCUGCUACACGACCUCAUGGAAGCUUGCUUCGCUUGCUUUUAAGAAUUAUGAGAGGUCAACUUGUAGCAAGUUAAGCACUGUCUCUAUAUAUACCCUUCAAAACAACAUUGAAACUAUGGUCUUGUCCUGUCUUUUCUGUUUACUCAAGACUGUCCACUUGAGCUUAAGCCAGACAAUUUGAUAUUAUUGGCUGCAUGGCAAUAAAUUUUAUUACUGAUUAUUGUCUCAUUUUGAGUAAAAUGUUUGAUGUUAUGAUGUUGUACCAUUGGAUACAAGUCUGAUAUCUUCAAUCUCUUGUGUUUAGGUUGUUAAACUGGAAUGUCAGCAUCCAAACAGAAUUCGCUACUUAACCAUAGUGUCAGCAUUUGGCCCCAAUGAAGAAGAACAAAGCAUUGUUAUGGGGGUGGACUGGACUGACAAGUGAGAAAAUGCUUAUAAUUUGACAUUCACUUAUGAUUUAAUUUAAAUUAAAGCAUUAAAUGUCACAAUACAACAGCUUGCAGGGCUGCAUGUUUCCUGCUUCAAAUUACAAUCUACAAGACCUGGACAGCCCGGGGAGGGGUCAGUGAGGCAGUACUCCCCUCCCUCUACCACUACUGUUUUUGUGAUAUACAAAAAAUGAAUGAGAUAAGUUUUUUUAUACUAGAUUAAGUAUCUGGUUUUGAAUAUUGUGAAUAUUCAAAGUCAAAAUCCUUCUUUGAACAGUCUGUUGAGGACAUAGCCAAGGUUUAUAGGGAUUGCUCUUGGUGGGUAAUUUUAACCUUUCUAUUCCAAUUAGUCUUCAAAAAAUUAAAAAGAAAAAAAAUAACUUGUUAAAUCCGGCAACUGAUUUGUGUUUUAUACUGCUUUCUCUGCAGGGCCACUAUUGGUCUUGUGGUUCCUUUGUACAGGGACACCAGUAUCACUCUGGAUGGUGAUGGGUAAGUUUUAAUUCUUGUUACAAAUAUAUGAAUCUUCUUUCUCAUUUUAAAUCUGGCUAAACAAUCACCUCCCUCUAAGACAGACAUCUUUGGGCCAGCAAGUCCUAUGUGUUCAUCUUAUAGAGAGUCAACUGAAUGGAUUAUUCAAAGGCAUACGUAUGUCUUAGUGAGGUGUCUGUUAAAAGAGAUUUGACUGUAUUGUACAUUAAACUUUAGGCAGUAUGCUAGCAUGGGUCUUCCUCAUGGUGUCUCAGUUAUUGUGGGGAUGUUAUAAUUUAUACCAAUGCCUUCAGCGGUGUUGGAUCCAGAUUUCGAGAUCAGGGGGGCCCCCCAUCAUCCAGACCAUUAGAUGGGGGAAGGUGGGGGGCCUUGAAAAAAAUUUUUUCAGCCCUUUGGGCCUCAGUUUGGUUUAAAAAUGAGGGUGGCCCCCAGGUCCCUCCUCUGGAUCUGCCACUGUUCAGUCAUUGUGUAUCAAGUGUGCUGUUUAUUAAGAGUUUUGUGAUCAUUAUUAUUGAUUAAUAUUUUUAUAAUAAACAAAUGGUCAGCUAUUGAUUAUUAUUAUAGCUAAUAUUAUUAUUAUUACCAUUAUCACCAUUAUCACUAUACAGUUUUGGUGCUUCUUUAUACUCUUUUAUAUUUGCAGUAUUAUGAUGUCAAUAUUUUCAUUAUUUAAAAUAGUGGCUUUAAAAUGAUGUCAGCCGGCAAAGCAAACAUUUUCAAGCCAAUCUCUGUUCAAACCAUGUGGUAAGUAUGGCUAGAACUUUUAAAUUGUCUGGCUUUAUUUGCCGUAAAGGUUAAAAGAGUUGUCUUUUUAAUACUGAGUAGGGUAAUUGGAAAGUAAUUUUGUCCCUCUUGAUGUCAAAAAUACGUCUGAAAUGUUUAUAGAUCAAUCCAGUGAUGUUGUAAAAUAUGAUUAGUAGAUCAGAGACACUGUUUUCCUCUCCUUCUUCUUUUUUCGAGGGGAGGGCCAGCAAUGUAUAAAGUACAGUACAUGUAACUUCCAAACACAAACCUACCCCUCUGGUAUAUGAUGCUGCUCCAAGCUGUAACCUGGAAGGAAGUGUUUGUUUGAAGGAGUGAAUAACGUUUAUUAAUUUUGCUGUUUAGGACUGCUCUACAGUGGAUUCACAAGUGUGCUGAUAAUGCCAGAAGAAACAAUUACUUCUACCCAAAUGGCUCAUCACAUGAGUGGGCAGACUAUUAUUACAGCAAAAUUUCAUCAGACAGGCUCUGCUUGAAUGAAUGGUAUGUUACUGUGGUGAAACCUUUGAUUCUUUGCAGUUCUUGUUUAAAAGGCAGAUUAUAAUGCCAUCCAGGGAAUAAAUCUCUACCCAAUGGAUAAUGCAGUGAUUUGUUUUCCUAAUUCAAAAUGUACCUAUCUGGCCCCAGUUGUUCAAACGCUGGCUUGCACUAUCCAUCGGGUAAAUCACUAUCGAGCAGUUAAGUAUUAGGGAAGGCGAUUGCACUAUCCACUGGAUAGAGAUUUAUCUGGCCUUGGUUUUUCAAAGGCUGGAUAGCGCUAUCCACCGGGUAAAUCACUAUCCAGUGGAUGGUGCAAUUAGUCUCCCCAGUACUUAUCCACUGGAUAGUGAUUUAUCCGGAGGAUAACGCUAUCCAGCCUUUGAACAACCGGGGCCAGGUGGAUAGUGCUAUCCACCUUUUGAACAACUGGGGCCUGAUGGAUAGUGAUUUAUCUGGUGGAUAGUGCUAUCCAACAUUUUAACAACUGGUGUCUGUAGUGUCUUCAAGAGAAGACAAAAUGGACCUUAGGACUCACAGUUUGUUCAUCUUGAAAAAUUGUUCUCACACUUUUCAAGUUAUAAUGGUGAUAAUUUCUUGUAUCCUUUUAAACCAUCCUUAAUCUUCAUCUUGUUUAGUUAACUUUUAGAUGUCUGGUAUUUUUUUUCCUUUUUAACAAAAGACAUUUUAGUAUUUUGCAGUUUUCUUCAUAUUUACCUAGAACACGUAUGGCAUUUUACAUAAUUCAAGGAUCUGAAAUGAGGCAAAUCUAAAUCUUCAUUCCAAUUUAUGACAACCCUGUGAAUUUGAUUUUUCUUGGCCAUUAAACUUGAAUGUAAUUGAGGACAACUUUGUGUCUGAUGUACUGAUACUGUGAUUUGUUUUCGUCCUUUUUGAAAUAGAUUUUGGUACUUUAGUAAUGACUCUAAAGCCUUCUGAAGUAUUUUAUAUUGUUGUGGGAUAUUUUCCCCUGUGAUCUUACUAUAACUCUAAUUCAGUCUAUAGUUACUAUAUUACAAACUAUGCUUCUUUCUAUAUUACAGUUGUUGCUUGAAAUUAAUGACACAUUAAUGAAUUACACCAUCAGUUUUCAAGUAGAACCCAAAAAAUAAAAAAUUGGUAACCAAAGGCUCUUUUUAUAGGCAUCAAAUGGAAGACAUUGAGUCAAAGCGUCCUGAUUCCCCCAUUGGAACAAGGUAAAAUUAAACAUUUGCUAAAAAUGUUCCCACUCAAUCCGUUCACAAACCCCUCAUCAUCAGAGAUGUGCAACAUUUCUAUUCUUGAACUGUUAAAGCCAUUUGACCUUUUCUGGUUGGACUUGUGCAAGUGCAUUGUCAAAAACGUUCUGCUUAUUGAUGUUUGAUCUAGUGGGGUACAAUUAGUAGCAAAAGAAAGACUGUUGUGAUCUUCUUAUUAAGGGAUAUUUUUAUAUGUAUUUGUUGUGUUGAAUUUUGAAAAAGCCCUUUCAAGAUGUUGAUUGCUGUUGAAUGAGGAUAUCAUUGGUCUCUAUCCAGCAAGUUACACAGGGUGCAAAGAAAAUCAUUUUUACAGCUUGCCAUUCGGGCAAGCUGAAGCUAGCAUUUACUAGCCCAGACGUCAUUUUAACUAGCCCCAAAAACCUUUUGACAAGCAGAAUUGAUUUCACAGUUCUUCUGUUAUAUGAAUUCCCCAAAAAACAUCACUUGCCCGUCGGGAAAGUUAAAAACAGAAUUCACUAGCCCGAUAGCAAAAUCCACUAGCCCCAGGCUAUCAGACACUACUUUCUUUGCACUCUGUUACAAGUUAUAAAACAAUGACAGUGGAUUGUUUAAUAAUGAUGAGUUUGUUAAUUACUAAUUUAGCAAGCUGUAUUAUUGCUUAACAUUAUGUACAGUGUAUGGGACUCAGCCAGUAUUGAUUUUAAUUUUGCAGCACUGAAAAAGAACUUGUUAUGAAGCUAAUUCGCCACAAACUUAGAGAGGUCAGUUCGCUGUUUGUUUAUGUUAAUUGCAUAAUCAAGUCAUAUUAUUUCUGUCUUCAGCAUCCUUAGACAAUUUUGCCUGCGUGUAUUUUACAGGUUAUGAUGAAAGUUGACCUUGAAGAUGUUACUUCACGUCAGGUAACAAGCAAUAAUAUGUAUUGUAAUACCAUAGAAUCCUUUUCCCUUUCUUUUUCUCUUGUUAGUAUUUUAGGGUCAAGACAAUGGAUUAUUUUCUAUUUCUCCCUUGUCUUUUCCAUCCCAUUCUCAUCCUUUUAAUCUCCUCCUUCAUAUUUUCCCCUCUCUCUCUCUCCAUCCAACCCCGCCUCAUUCCUCCUUUUCUAUUCCACCUCCCCCAACAUCACCCUCCUAAUGUCCCAGUCCUUUCUCUCCACCUUAUUCAUUCUUUUUCAUUCCAUUCUAUUCUCUUCCCUUCCUCUUCCCUUCCCACUCUCCUUCCUGUCCAAUCCUCUUUUCCUUUACCUUUUUCCCAUCUGUUUACCACUCCAUUGCACACCCCUUCCCAUCUUCCUUGCUCUCCAUACUUCUUGCUUCUUGUCCAAAUCCCUCAUCAUACUACUCACUUCUAAUCCUCUCCUUAUCAUGUACUGUCUUUAUCAUCUAAGUUUCAUCGGUCUUCAUCCAUCUUUAUCCUUAUCAUCUAUUGUCCUCCUCUAAUCUCCUAGAUUGCAGCAUCGAUUGGACUGCACAACCUUUAGCUUUUAAUAGUGGCCAAAGGAAAAAAAUAAUAAUUAUAAUAAUGAUGAUGAUGAUAAUAAUAAUAAUAAUAAUAAUGAUGAUGAUGAUGAUGAUGAUGAUGAUGAUGAUGAUAAUGAUAAUGAUAAUGAUAAUGAUAAUGAUAAUAAUAAUAAAAAAAUAAUAAUAAGACAGAACGAAUUUUUUUGUAAAAUAGAAAGAAGUAAGUAGUACUAUGCGAAAGUUCCAGCAAAGAGGUUUCAUGUGAACGGUAACACCAUAGGAUUUCCUCCACAGGUUUAAUAGUUACAGUGACAAGAAUCCCACGAUAAAGUGGUCUAGGGAUGAAAAGGUCAACACUAAAUCUCCUUUUUUCUCUUCCUGUAAGGUGCGAACCAUGCUUGAAGAGGAUACACAAAUGGACUUGAAAGAAUACCGUUCAUUUAUUGACGAGGAAAUGUUUACUAUUCUGGGCCAGAUGGACUCUGCCUCUAAGAUUUUUGAUCAUGUUUACCUAGUAAGUUCAUAUAAGCUGAUUUGAUUUCUGGUAUACAGAUACAUGUAUCAUUGAAACAUCUAACAUCUAAUCCAAAAAUGAAUUAACAUGAUUAUUGAUAUCAAUUGAUGGAGGCCCAUGUUGGCAUGUUUGUUUGUUGCAGGGUUCAGAAUGGAAUGCAUCCAACUUAGAAGAACUGAAGGAGAAUGGGUAACUUCUUAUAUUUUUUGCUAGACUGUUUAAGUUCAAACCUGUAUUUCUCCUAGGGGUGCUUGACUCAUUUUGUCUGUAUGUGAUUUUUUUUUCUGUUUUAGCUUUGAUUGUGUCUGAAUAAUUUGUUCUUUAAGUGAUAUAUCUGAACAGUUCUGGCUUCAUUUAGGUCACAGUUUUAAGGAGGGUACUUAUAUCAGCCAUGGCAAUGAGAAUAGCACUUAAUUUGAAUAGUCCAGUUUCUAGAUCUGCUUGCCAUAGCCGCUGAAUAAAAGCAUUGAAGACGCAUUUUUACAUUGUUACCCUCCAGCUGAAAUGAAUAUAUUCGGGACUUUAAGAUGCCACGACGGUGACGACAGCGAGAACGUCAAAAAAGCAAUAGGAUGAAGAGGCAAAACAACAACGCUGCACGUGCAUCACGCUUUUUUGUACGUUUCUUUUCCGUCACUGCACGACUACGACGGGAAGAUGCCUAAUUUUACGUUUUAUGAGGGACAUAAACAACCGACGGCUAAAUUUUCUUUCUCUAUCUGAACUUGAAUAUGAUUCUUGGGAAUUCGGCUCAAAAAGAGUUUGCUUACAUUUGACAAAGUAAACGAGUUUGAGUAAUCGCGAUAGAGGUUGAAAAAACGCAAAUUCACUUUAUAUGUGACGUUUUCGUGGCCGUCGCCGUCGUGGUAUCUUAAGGGAGUUUUAGCAUCGGCGACGGCAGCGGCAGCGAAAACCUCAGUUUUAAAAUGAAUUCCCGUUUUUUCAAACUUUGUCGCGUUUAUUCCAAUUUGCUGAAAAUGGCAAGUGUAGGCGAAUUUCCCUGGAGUUGAUUUCCAGAGGACCUUACUCAAGUUUACGUCCUGCAUAAAACUUGCAAUUACGCAUUUUCGCGUCGUAGUCGUGCAAGGACGGUAAAGAAAUGUACAAAAAAGCGUGAUGCACGUGCAAACUUGUUGUUUUGCGUAACAAACCUAUUGCUUUUUUGACGUCCUCGCUGCCGUCGCCGUCGUCGUUGCUAAAGCUCCCUUAAAACUCCCUAUUCACAACAGCGUUAAGACGACCAGUUUACAAGUCUGUCUAUUGUUUAUUUUUAAAUUUGUGAUAUCUUCCUCCCGCUAUUUUUGAACAUUUUACUUUAGAUUAAGGCUAUUCAUAUGUGCCCAUAUGUUGUAUGUAAACUUGUUGUGUCUUUUUUUUUUAUUAUUCUGUAGGGUUGGAUAUAUUUUGAACGUAACGAGAGAGAUUGAUAACUUUUUUCCUGGAACAUUCCAUUACCACAACAUCAGGUUUGUUCAUGUACAUUUUGUCUUGCAAAUGUACCGUGACCGUGAUGUCGCAUCCUAAUUCGGAAGACUCAAACAUUCAUUCAUUCCCUUUAAUUUAAAUUUUUGUCAACCACUCUUCAACUUCUCUCUGCAACCAAGCACUUUUUUCUGUAACAUCUGUGCUUAAGUAAAGUUCUCGUUUCUUCUCACAGGGUUUAUGAUGUAGAUGAUACGGAAUUACUUCGCUAUUGGGACAACACUUAUAAAUUUAUACAGAAAGCCAAGUAAGCAUUCAAGUCGUACAAUAGCUCGUUAAAAAGGGUACCAAGCUGGUCAUCUGUACUGUCAGCUGUUAGUACUGAUCAAUGUCAUUUAACUUCACUCCGCUUUAGCAAAAGACCAGACGUUUUCUAAGUAUUCUGAGUAGCUGAAGGACUUACACUGUAAGCAUUUAAAUGCCCUGUCCCGGUGGAUGCUUUUUCGAAUGCGUUCUAGUUCUUGGGCUGCAGAGGGGAGAAGUCGGUUACGUCACGUUGCUAUUGUAGCAAAAUUUUUGGAUGACAAUAAACCGAUAAGUGACUUAAAAGUCUAUUUGCAGUAUUUCAAACUUCACCGAUCUUAUUCAAUUUCAUUUAAGUUGGAAAAUGUUGAUGAAAAUUUUCUUUGGGACCGUAUCUAUCGUUAUGUAAGUUUAGAAAAAGAAAGCGACAAUUUUUGUGUUGUGUUCACCUACUCCAUAACGGGCUUGCGAAAUUAGGACGUUUCAUGUCGUAGUGGUACAACGACAUCAAACAAAUGUACAAAAUAGCGUGAUCGCACGUGCAAAGUUGUUGUUUGUUAAUGCUGACAUUAUUUUUUGCCGUUCUCCUUGCCGUCGUUGGUUUGUUCUCGUCCAGGCCCGGGUUCCUGGAAAGCAGAUUAAUCUAUCCUCCGAUUAGCGUCAAAUCCACGAUUAAAUUUCUUAUUCCUCGGAUAACUAAUCGUGGGUUAAAAAGGAGUUCCUGAAAGCCAAAUUAUCCUGCGAUUAACUAAUCCCAGAUUAGUGCUAAAUGAAAACCGGUUUAACGAGUUUUUCGGCCGCCUGCCUCUAAAAAAAUAUGGCGCGAAAAAUUGGCGCGGAUUGCGGGGCCGGUGAAGAAAACAAAAUGGAGGAAAGUGAAGUAAAGGAAAGAAAAAGAAAACCAAAUUUCUCACCGCUUGAAGUUUCCAUAAUUACAGAAAGUGUAAAAAAACAUAUUGAUGUGAUCCAGUCAAAGCUGACGAAUAAUAUAACCAACAAAAAAAAAAGUCAAGUCUGGGAGGAGAUUACCAAGGAGGUAAAUGCUGUUGGCCGAGCGAAUCGCUCCGUCCAAGAAAUAAAAGACAAGUGGAAGAACCUCCACUCAACAGCCAAAAAAGAAUUUAGUAAUUACAAGAAAGAGUACAAGAAGACUGGCGGUGGACCUCCACCCAAGCCCCCUUCCCAGUCAAGUGAGCAAAUCAUAGAAAUUUUUGAGGACACACCCGCCUUCUCCGGACUGGGGGGAUUUGAGACUGGUGGCGGCGAAGGGCUUGGUGAGAAAGCUUAUGUAAAUAUUUCAUUGUUUUACUGGUCAUGUGAUUUCCUAGAAAGCUGUAGCUUUGUCCGCCAUUUUUGGUAUGUUUUUAUCUGGGAACCUUUCGUGGAGCAUUUUAAGAUAAGUACUUAAGUUUUUAAAUUAUUUUGCAGAGUUUCCUCCCCAUUUUCUGCCAUUUUACUUUGCGAAAUUACCAACUCGAUGAUCCCCGACAGCAGCAAAAACGGGGUUAACUUCGGUGUAAGAACCUGUGAACUUUGUUUUUCUUGGUUCUGUUGUGUUAUCUUGUUUGAAUUCUCUCUUACACCGAGAAACGUUCGAAUGUAGGCUCUGAUGAACUCGUAAUUCGAGAAUAAGAAUUUGUUCUCCUUUGCUUUUCAGUGAAAAACUUACUUUUUUUAUAGUCAAGCGUGCAUUAAUGUUUCGAAGGCAAGUUUUAUUUCGAUGUAACAACAUAGGAAAGGGUCAACAGCGAAGGAAAUCUCAAUCGCAGUAAUAGAAGGACUUGAAAAAAGGCCACUGAGUGCUUAUUAAAAAACAUCAAUACAAGCUUACGUAAAUAUCCUACCUUUUUCAACAUUUCACCUAUAGUUCAAAUUUCUGGUGCUGAAUGCACAACAUUUUCUUGAAUUGAAUAUAGUAGAACCAGCUGAAGCAGAUAUUGUGGAAGACCAACAAGAUUUACCAACGCUAUCGAGUGAAGAAAUGAUGAAACUUGGUCUGAUAGCACAGGUUAAGGAAGAUCAUUCACCGUUGCCACCAAAUAGAAAGAGACGAAUUACACAAGCUGAUAUUCUGGAAGAGCAGCAAAAGGCAUUAAAGCUGCAACAAGAAAUGCUAGAGCUAAAGAAAACAAAGCUUCGAAUGGAAAUUCUUCUUAUCAGCAAAAAACUGGACGAUGAAGAUAAGGAAACCAUCCCAAAUUGAAUGCAGGAUAUUUUUUUAUGAACACUUUAUAUUGAUAUUGGGAUUUUACAUUAGCUUGCAAUGUUUUGUAAAAUGUUUCAGAUUCUACAUAAAUUUCAAGCAUAUUUUUUCAUACACAAAAUCUUGUUUAUCCCAGUUAUGGAAAUAAUGUCUCUGUGACCAGUUACAUAGUAAUAUAUUUCAUUUUGAUUCAAAUCCAUUAUUUUAUUUUGCAUUAAAUUAAGUUUUAUUAUUAUCAAUUACAUUUAAUGAUGAAAUUAAAAACAACUUUGCCCAAUCCAUAAUUGGCAUAUAUUUUCCAUUAUGGGUAGCACUUAUAUCAUUGAAAGGUUUUUUUUCCAUUUCACAUUACAUGUCAUCUUCUUGCCUCUGUUGAAAGAACCUUUGAGUGAACUUUCAACUGAAUAGCAUAUUCUCCACAAAUCCAAAUGGUGCUAUUUGAGCAACACAAAAUAAUAAAUUGUAUCACAAAAUACUUUACAGCAGCUUGAUAGGCAUAGUAGCUGUAUAUAGAAUUUUUCUUAUUGCUACUAGAUAUAUAUCACCUGAGUGAGAUAGGGUGGGGGUCACACAGUACUAAUUACAUUUCCUCCAAGAAAAAUUACAGGUGGAAUUGAGUCUUUUGUUUCUUGCAUUCUCCUUUCAUUUUUAUUAUCCAUGUAAAACUGAGGGGAAGGAUCCAUAUUGGUAUUACAAAAUGUAAGUGUUAAUGUUGGCUUAGGGAAGGGAUAGGACAGUUUCGCAGAAACCUAUAAUGAUCUGAUAAGUCAUUUCUAUUUGGAAUCUUUACAACAGGCAGAAUUGUAGGAAUUAUUCCUUUGUACUGGUUUCCUUUUAUCCAGAAAAUGUCUUGUAGUUCCAAGGGUAUUAACAAUGGUUUCUGUCACCUCCCAUUUUUACCAUAUACGAUCAUUCUGACAAUGUUUUCUCGGAGCAAUAUUUUGAAUGUCAAACUACUGGAAGUAUUAUACCAAAUGUUAAGGAUUUCCGAUUGUCUCAGAGAUACUUGGUCAUAAUACUUCCAUUAGUGUAUUUACAUUGGCUGUUAAGCCUUAGUCAGUGACAUAAAAAUUUUGAACAUUUUGGUGAGAGGUGUUGUGACUAUGUCAGGACAUAAACAGUACCAAUAGCUGAACAAUUAAGUUCUUCAAAGAGGACAGCAUUUUUGGAACAAAAGACAUGCAACAAAGUUUAUACUCUUCUUGACUUAUGAGACUCUGUAUUUGGUAUUUUAGACAAAAUCGAUAAGUCGCAAAGACCACUUUUGAUGAAGCAACAAUCUUAGCAAUUAAAGUGAAAAUGGCUUGAAUGUUUUAACCAAGUUUGACAAUGUUAGACGUUGAAUGAUGGCAAACUCACUAGUAGCACUGGAACACAAAAUGAUUCUUGACAUGCAACAAUUUUACCUGAAAAUCAGGUGAUUUGAAGGAAAAUGUGUGACAAAAUAGACUUCUGCAGCUAUUACCCAUACAGAGAGUCUGACAUCAUUUUAGAAGAUUGCAAUAUUGACAAUGUUUAGGUUAUUUAAAGAAUUUAGAUGCUGACACCGUAAGAUACACGUCUAGUGGAGAAAGGGGAAUUUUAAAAAAAGGUGUGGCAAAUGUGAUCUCUCACAGCCUUUCCAUUCUCUGGGCCAUGAAAGGGGGCCAUUGCUGGCUGGUCGUCUUCCUGCAGGAGGUGGCAAUCCUGUGGCUCAUUCCUCAGUAUUGCGAUGUUGUGCAAUAUGGCGCAAGCUCCAAUAAUAAGGCAGACCUUCUCGGGCUUCAUUCUUACUUCUGAGUGAAGCAAAUGAAACCUUCGCUUCCACCAUCCAAAGGUUUGUUCAAUGGCCACCCUUGUAGCUUUAUGGGCCUGGUUGAAUGCUUCCUCAUUUACAGAUGUAGGGUUGAGAUAUGGGGUCAUGAGAUAUGGUUUACAAGGGUACCCACUAUCUCCAAGAAGCAAGCCAUCUUCCAAUGUGCGGGGCUGAGACUCAAACCUCUGACCAAUCAAUGAACUGCUAAAUACGAAGCUGUCAUGUGUGCUACCAGGCCAUCGUGCAACGAUGUUCGUAAACAUGCCUAAAGAAAUUUCAACAAUAACUUUUGUACUUUAUUGUGUAAUUCCAUAAAGUAUCCAUACCUCCCGUAUUGAGAGUUUUUAUUGAUUGGUAGAGACUCCAUCCUUCCAGAAAUUCCAUGGUUAAAUCUCACAGAUUUCUGAUAGGUUUUUGGAUUUGAGCCCCCCUCCUUCCAAUCUUUUUGUUUGAAGAGGACGAAGAUAUCUGACUUUUUGUUGGCCUCAAGCACUGUAGUAUAUAAUAUUUAGACUUAAGGGACCAGUCAUUAUUUAUUGCUGGGGGGGGGAGGAUUUUAGUUGAGGGAUCACUUAAUUUUGAGGAGAACAAAAGGGGGGAUCCGCCGUAACUGAGAACCCUAAAGGGGGAUCACUGAAAACUUUGGAAGGAUUCAGAGAGGGACCACUCAAAUUUGCUUGGAAAAUGAAGACAUGGGGGGAUUACGAAAGUCAUCUAAAGUUGUUAGGGGAGAUUACUUCAGUGAAGUAACAUUCAAAGGGGGGAUCAGCUAAAUUUCACCUUGUUUAGUACCAAAUCCUUCGUGUCCCCAGGCGAUAAAUAAUGACCGGUCCCUUAACUCCAUUUUUUUUUACCUAUGUUUAUCUAUGUUCUACCCAAAGAUAAUUGAAUUCAAACAUCUGAGUGAGAUGACAAGCAUGUCAAUUGUCAACUCUCUUAUGGGGUCCCUACCAUAAAAACAUACUACAGGGUUGAUUACUUUUCUAAUUGUUAAUAUUUUUUCACCAGAAGAGUUAAAAUCUUUUAAAUUUUAAUAGAACUUUCAACAACUAUUCUUUGAAGCACAUGAACUUAGUCUUCUACCACCCCCUCAGAUAAUAUGUAUUACUUCUGCUUUGUUCUUUAUCAUUUGUAUAUUGGAUGCUUAUUGAAAAUAAUAUACUCCUUUUUUACCUUUAUGGUUACAUACUGCUUGGACAUUGAUGGAAUGGAAGCCCUUUCGGUUGACAUAGUCAUUCUCAUUUUUGUUGGGCGCUUGAAUCCUCACAUGGGUCCCGUCGAUACAACCUACAACACCAGGGAACCCUCCCUUCUCGUAAAAUCCUCUUUUGACGUCUUGAACUUCAGCAGGUUCGGUAGGGAAGUUGAUGAACUCCUCCUGCUUGCUCACAAGAGCCUUUGACACGUCGGUCACAAUUCUUGAAACGGUGGAUUUAGGAAGGCCAACGGUGUCACCGAUUAUUUGUAGGAAACUGCCGCUGGCAAAAAAACGCAACGCUACAAGAACUUGUAGCGUUGGCGACAGCGCAUGAUUUCUUCGCGUCUGCCUUUGUAGGUCGUCUUUCAGGAUUUCUACGAGAAAUUUUAUUGACUCCCGUCCAAACCUGUAUCUACUGCGGAGUUCUUCGUCAGUUAGUUCGUCGAGGUCAAUUUCUCGCUGUUGGAACUUUCUUUCGCGUAUUUUCGGGUCAAUUAGAGGGAACAGUAAGUCCGCCAUUUUGUUUGUUUUGACCAAAUUUUCCCUCGAUUAGCGAGUUAAUCGUCCUCGCUAGGUGGGUUAAAUUUAACCUUUAGUUUAUUCCUAGAUUAAGAUUAAUCGUGCUUUCAGGAACAGAAUCUAAUCGUGGGAUAAAAUUUAUUCGGCGAUUAGCGAUAUUUAAUCCUCGAUUAGCACUAAUCGGCUUUCCAGGAACCGGGGCCUGAAAUAGUGCUACCAUGUUAACGUGACGUCACACUUCUCCUCUCUAUUCCCGGGUGUGUGUUUUUAAGCUUGCGUAAAUACCUUCGGUUGCAUCUAAGCGUGGUCACGUGAGGCAAAAUCAUGGGAUCAAUUUGGGCCAAUCACAGCUGACUCAUGCAAUCCAUUGAACCAAUCAAAAGUCGAAGACUUGUGUAACCGGCGCAAAGCGCGGGAAAGCAAGGUAAAACACGUCUGAGCAUCUUACUUCUGAUUGGUUAAAACAUACCGCAGGCUAUUCUUUCGAUAUGUUAAAAUUCAACGUGAUAGUGAGUCUUGGAGGACACAAGCAAAUUCCUUAUAGGAAUCGCUAUCAAGGUGAAUUUAAUAUAUCGAAAGUGGCAUGAACGAUUCACAAAACACAGUAAUGCAAAACUAGAGCAGUUGCAAACUACUGUUUGUUCUUAGUAGAGGCAUAAUUAAAAAGAUUUGUCCGCUAACCACUGACGGACAUCCUUUAUGUUUGUUUUCAGAAAUGCAGGUUCAAAAGUUCUCGUACAUUGUAGGAUGGGUAUUAGCCGCUCAGCUUCAACGGUAAUUUAAAUCGCUAGCUGUAAUGAUUUCUUUUUCCUCUCUAUUGUGACUUUUUUAUUUGUGCUGGCAUAGCAGUUUUAUAGCUACAGCUAUUUCAUAAAUGCUGGGGUCUUUUGUCAUUUCGGUUGUAGCAACAGAGUAGCUGAUUCUUUUGAGUUUCAGUCGAGCCAAAGUAUGGGCAGGCUGACCUGCUUAUUCUAUGACCUUAUACAAAGGACUGGUACCGAGGGAAGCAGAGAGUCCUGAUGUUUUGUGACGUCAUACAUUUUGUAAUGUUCUCCUUUCAGGGAAAUAGUUUUAUUGUUGGACGUCAUGUGACCUUAAGCUAGCCAAUGAGAGUGCGCACUGGUUGGGGAAAAAUCCAUCUUCACAAGUUGUUUUUUUACGCCCGUAAUUUGGUCCUGAGAAAGUGUUAAUUCCGUUAAUAAUAUGUUGUAUUUGUUAAGUACUGGUGGCACAGGAACGUGUAACACUUUCCAGUCCGGCCCAAAAGUAGACAAAGUCAAAUUUUGACAAAAAUUCCAAAGUUCGUGUUGAAGAAUCCCGAAAAAUAAAUACCUAGUUCGUGCGAAAGUACUACCAAAUGGGCAACAAGACUCCACCCUUUACUCAACGUCAAAGGACAGACUACAUUAUUCAACCUUUGCUUACACCGUUUUUUGUCUCUAUUGGCUUGUUAGGUGAUUGCUUAUGGUAUGAAAGAGUAUGGAUGGUCGUUAGGUGACUCAAUGAAGCACGUGAAGACUCGAAGAAACAUUGUCCAGCCAAAUUCGGGGUUUUGGAAACAGUUGAUUACAUACGAAGGGAUUUUGAACUCGAGGUAUAUAUAGCACACGUAUAUGUAUAGGGUAUUGCAUGGCGGUGCGGAUAUAUGAAUUUUACCUUCCAGUGUUUUGAGUCAAUAAUAUUUGUAGUAGUCAUGUUAACGGUAUUUUUUAUCUCCACGGAGAGAGUAUCACUCUUAACUAUCAGAAGAACUGGUAACUAAUUCAGGGAUGAUUAUACAACUCACUGGCUAUUGCAUAAUUGUUAUAUAUGAAGACAGGUAAAAUUUGGUUGAAUUAGAAAUCCUUCAGUGAGGUGAGAGCAGCUUAAUCAGCUGCGAAUAGAGAAGGCCCAAAUGACCCUUUCAAGCCUUAAUUUCUUUUCUCGGGCUUCUUCAUUAGCAAUUUUGCCUUGCUCACAUUUACCUCACGGGAAGUCAGGGGCAGUCAGUCAUUAAAAUGUAUUAUUUUAUAUUUUAAGAGUGGUAUCUCGUCUUUACUUUGCAGCAAACAGCGCUACAACAAAUUGUUUACAAAUGAGGCGGAUCCUGAGGCAGGGCCUGUCAGGAAGACAAAAGCUAACAUAGCCGUCAAAAAGGACGCCCCGCCUCAGUGUGAAGGCGUGGAUACUGUGGAUAAUUUACCUAGAGAAACUGUUUCAGACCAGAAAGACGAAGAAACCUCGGAGGUGGAAGUCAAAGAUCCAGCAAUACUUCGGGUUACUGCCGAAGAAAACUCGGAAGUCGGUCUUGUCACUGCUGAAUCUCACGAAGAUGUUUUUACCUACGAGGAUGACUUGCGGGAAACGAAAGUUGAUGAUUUACCGAUAAACCCAAUAUUAGAACUAAGCAAAGAAACUGUCGUAGAGGAUCAGUCAAAUUCUUGUGUCUCGGAAACUCCCACGACAGGAAAGACUGCGCUCUACAGAGUAAGUUCAGUGCCUGUAUUGCCAAGUGAUGACAAAACGAUGCACAAAUCGAACGUUCUUAAGACUAAUUUUCAAAGGUCCAGCUCAUUGCGGGAGCGGGGGCCUAAGAGAAUACAAUACCUUCGUGAUUUCAUGGAGGGGAAAGCUGCUAGUGAUGAAAAUAUUACGGAAUGUGAUCAAAAAGAGAAGGGCACAUUUCAAAGUCAAUCUAACGACCAAGAACGUCAAAGUGGCGCGGGAUCUAACUCGCUGGGUGGUCUCCCUAGUGAUUUGCAUGGCCUCCUUGAAAGUGGGUUUGUCAAACGCAAGUCACGGAACUUUGAGGAGGGUGUGUAUGAUGUCCUUUCUGUAGAGCUUGACGAUAUUUUGAGCCUCGGAAAAGAAAUGGAUAGGGAUUUUGAGCUUGGUGAAAAUGAAAAAUCCGCAGCCGCUGAGAAAGAACAAGACAAAAGCGAGGAACCCGAACCUGGUGUUGUUAAGAAACACAAAGAGGAAUAUGAACUGAAACAUCGGGAGAGUUUAAAACGAGGGGCUGUGCUUCAGCGAGGAGAAAGCGGUGAUGGAAGUAGCCUGAAACGCGAGCGAAGUGAUGGCAUUUUGACUAGUGAUGCUGAUUUUAUUUUGUCUGGUGAUGGAUCGGAAACUGAACGCCCGUGUUCUGUUAACGUUGACGCUCUUGUACAAAAGGUCAAUGAAGACAUGAAGAAGGAAGUGUCUGCUCGAAGAGUGUCGAAGAAAGAACGGGAGUUACGAGCGUUGGUACAACUAGCAGGGGAAGAUGGAAACUCGAAUCAGGAAAACGAGAACUCAGUAGCAGACUCAGUUUGCAAUGAAACCACAGAAAUGCUUGCUGCUGCUGGCCUUGUUAAGGAAACAAAUGAGGGAAGAGCACAACUGUUGGAAGAUCCUCCGAUCUCCAUGGACGCGGUCGGUUGCGCAGAAACGGAAUCAACGAAAAGUGACUCGACAAGUGAUAUUUCACCGGGCGCAAAUGUAGAACAAGCUCUGAGCGCUGAUGGUGAUUCCAGUCAGAAUGUGUCCACGGAAAAUACUUGCAAACCGGCAGAGAACGGGGAGGACAAUGUAAUCGAACAAGACGAAGAGGAUAUUCCUCAGAAAGGUUUGGUAAAGCGUCACACGUUACUUAUUGAAGGAAAGCUACAGCCUUGGGAUCAAGAGACGGAGAAAGAUGUCCAAAGUGAGACUGAAAAAGCGGAGCGCGAACACACAAUGCAGCAGGAAGUGAUAUUACGAUCGCCGUCGAAAGAACAGACAUUUUCUUCCGAAGGAAUAGAACAAGGUGUUGCGGGUGAUGGGAGCGCUGAAUUGGUUACGGAAUCGAAGGAAACUGAAGAUAGAGCGCUUGAAGAAGAUACGCAAAGUCUUCCUGAGAAAGGACUAGUAAAGCGUCACACGCUGUUGAUUGAAGGAAGGCAUCAGGCUUUAGAGCAAGCUCUAGCUGAGGUUGAAAUUGAAUGUAAACAGGAGGGCGAAUCUAAAGACUGCAAAGACCACUGUACGAAGUCAUCAGAAGAGCAAUCGAGAGGUGUUGCCUUAAAAAGUAUGGAACCAGUUGAUGGAGACGAUGUAACGAUUGCUGAAGACAUAAUAGAACAGGGAAAAACGGCCCCAGAAAACGUGGAUACAUGCGAAUUGCUAGACGACAAGGAGGAUAUGAUGAGUGUGGAUGACGUUCCUCAGAGAGGACUCGUGAAGCGUCAAACGUUAGUGAUCGAAGGAAAGCUACAGUUGGGUCCGGAGCAAGAUGAAUUUGCAGUUGACCAAGAAUCAUUUCCAUCACCUUCGACAGUUGAAUUAAGAAACGAUGAGCCCACAGGAAACCAAGAUAUGUGUUCCUCUAUCUGUCUAGAACAAGAACAAAGUUAUCAACCUGAACUAACAAGCUAUGUUCCAGGGGAAGUAGUUGUUGAGAAAAUCGAGGAUAGUGAAACAGUGUCUGGCUUGGUGAGACGUGAAAAAGAGCGCAUCGAGAAGAGAGUCAAGCCUUUAACGGUUGAAGAGACGAAUGCUAAACGUGAAGAAGACAACGAGGAAGUUUGCAAGGAUGGAACAUUGCUUGAGGUUAGUGAGGGAGGAGAAGAAGGUCGUGGAGAUGCUGAAAAGAAUGAAGACGUGGAAGGCGAUCGAGUUGAAGAGACAGAACUAAGUGACGUCGGCGUAGACACGUCAAGCGUGGUGCGCGUUAGAGACCAGACGCAACACUUGGAAGGUAUUAUUAGGGUUACAACCACGUCCAAGGACGGAGAGAAAAUUAAACGCCAACAGUCAAAAGAAGACUUGCCUACGACAGGGAGCGAGUCUGCUAAAAUUAUCAUUGUUCCACGUUCGUGUUCAGACGAAAGUGUCCAUGAAGAAAACCAGCUGAACAUGUCGUGCAACAUGAAAAUGGAAGAGAUUCUGAGUGACAGUGCAGUAAACCUAGCUCUUAUGAAUGCCCAGGAAAAGUUAGAGUUGGCAAACGAAACAUUCAUUGACUGGGAUGGUGCAAACGUGAAGCAGAGGACGAGAAUUUUUGAAACAAUCAUGCAGCAUAUUAGCAAGCAAAGCAAAGAAGACGAGGAAGACAAUGGAAAUCACAUUCGGCGAUGCGGGUCAAUGCCGAAGGCAAUCGGUAAAACCGAAAAAUACGUUAUACGUCGUCGGUCGUUUUCGGAUGUAUCCGAGACUGUUUCUUCCUCUUCCGGUCGAGAAGUCGGUUACACAAUCAAAUUCAGCAAUGGGCAAUCGUCGAGUUCUUCAUCUCUGCCACGAGAAUGGAGUCCGCUUCAGAGGAGGUUAGAGAAAGAGAAGCUUAACACAAAAGAGGUUUUUUCACCUCAAAAUUGCGGUGAAACUGAAUCAGAAGAAAAUAUGUGUACAGAACUUAUCGAUUGCCAAGAUCAAGAAAAUGAUUCUCCGAGUGUAAAGGAGAAAGUUCAAGUUCUGGAUUCCAAGAAUCACCGUAAUAUUAGUAAUGUUAGUUAG